GGAGAUACAACCUGCUGUCUGGUGAAGUCUUUCCGAAUCCGUCAGGACUUGAAAGCAGCGCACGCAGCGCGUCACGUGCUUGUGCGGGUGGGGGCGGAAGUGGAGCUCUUGUCUUCCUUUCCCAUCCCACCCCACCUUCGCUCGGAUACUGAAUGGAACUGGCGCUGCGGAGCCCCCCCUCACUGCCUUUAACAGUCAGUCCUUCAGGACAGCAAUGGAUCACACUGGAGCCACUGAGGUCCCUGGACAAGCCAGAAGACCCUCCAGUUCGUCCUCUGGGACACCCAUGGGUGCCGAGGGACAAACAGCACAGAGGCCCAAAGUAAAGAUAACUCCCUUCCACAGCUCACCCAUAGCCAGCAGUGAUGGAGGUCAUCGCAGCAAACGAUCAGGAGCAGUUUUUGGGAAACCGCUGGCAUCUCCUGGCAGCCUGUUUCUGGACACACCUGGUGGGCUGACUGCUCCACCUGUUGGACAGAGACUUGCUGCUGCUGCUGCUGCUUCUGCUGCUGCUGCUGCUUCGGCUUCUGCUGGGAGCCCAGAGGGACAAACUCACAGUUCAGGCACUUUAUUCGCCACUACAGGAGAAAAAACACCUGUUGUCAAGCCUGGAGGCAAGAAGGCCCCAAAGUCAAGCCUGAUACAUUCACAGAUGUCUGGACCACCAUCUAACACUGAGCUUUGUCACAGCCAGAAAGGCAAAGAGGGGAAAGCUGUCUUCACGUCCAUGAAACCUCAGUCAGCUGUGAAGAGGAAGAAGAGGAAGAUGGGAAUGUACAACCUGGUCCCCAAGAAGAAAGCCAAGGCCCUUAAACAGCAGGAGAAGAAAGAGCAGCCAGGAGCCUGCGUGGAGAAGAACCCAGCUGUAGCAGAGGAGAAGCCAGUAAUUCUACCAGAGACUCUGAAUGCUGUCAGAAAUGAAAUGCUGCUGGAGGUUGAACCUGGAGAUGGCAGCCAUGUUGAAUACACUGAGCUGGCUUUGGACUAUCUGGACCUUAAAGCUCAGGAAGAGCUGCUCUUACCUCCCCUGUCAGGUGUAGCAGCAAAUGCUGAGGUGACAGAAACAGACUUGGCUGAGGAGUUACCGCUGUGCUGCUGUCGGAUGGAGACUCCUCACAGUGUAGGCAGCCUGUCCACACUGGAUCAGACCUGCAUGGCCAUGGAGAGCAUGGAUGGAAUGCUGAGUCGUUGCCAGAGGCGUGUGAUGAAGCAGGAAAUGAUGCGACCCUCAAACACGGUCCAUCUGCUGGUUCUGUGUGAGGACCACCGGGCUGGCAUGGUCAAGCACCAGUGCUGCCCUGGCUGUGGACUCUUCUGCAGGGCGGGCACCUUCAUGGAGUGCAGGCCACAUGGCAGCAUCUCCCACCGCUUUCACCGUGACUGUGCCUCCAUUUUGAAGGAUCUCAAGUUUUGCCCCCACUGCGGAGAGGAUGCCAGCGGGGCAAAGGAGAUCACAGUGUUAAAGGCUGCACCGUCACCCUCUGUACCCAGAUCCAAGCCCGGGCCAUCACUUCCAGCUGUUCCCACUGUAGCCACCCUGCCAUCCGUACCAACCACGCCUGCUGUUCCACAGAUACUCAGAGCUAAGAAGACCAGCAAGCCACAGAGGAGCAGAGAUGAGAGCCCGAGCAGUUUAGAGGGCGAGGCUGUGUGUGCUGCAGAUAGAGUACCUAAAGAGUCACUGGAGAAUAUUCUAAUGGCACUGGAUGAUGAGAACCUGAAACCAAAGAAAGUGAAGUAUCCAACCAGACAGCUGUACAUCUCUGCAAAACAAGGAGAGCUCCAGAAGGUCAUUCAUCUCCUAGUUGCUGGGAAGGACCCCAACUUUUCGAUGGAGGGCCAAAACAGAGGCACCCCCCUUCAUGCAGCAGCUGCUGAGGGUCACCAAGAGAUCUGCCACAUGCUGGUCCAGGUCCACUUCUGCUGUGCAAUAUUUGCCCCAUAUUUCCUCUACCACCCCUGGGUGGAGUCUCAACUCCCCAGCGGGAGGCGUCUGGCGGGAGAGGUAGCCACCACGUUCUGUUGCCCCGGCAAGUACAUGGCCUUGAGGCUGGCCAAGCGGGAGAAAGCCCAUACCAGGAGUCGCCGUGCGACCUGUAGCGACGUGGCCGACCUGGUGCCUCCUUGCAGAUUUACAUGGUAG